AUGUCUGCGUACGGCACACCUACUCUUGGGCCCGUUGCAGACACUCCUCCUUAUUCACCAGAGACUCUCGCCACUUAUCUCAACGAGGUCAAACUCGACGAGCCAGACGUGGAGAUGAAGACUGUUUCUCUAGAAGACACAGCACUUGGCCAACUCCAAAAUGGCGAUCAAGCCAACCUCCUCGACGUCAUCGACGAGCUCCGCGGCCACGGCAUCAGCAAGCACAUCGACCUCCCGCAACUGAUCGUCUGCGGCGACCAAUCCUCCGGCAAAAGCUCCCUCCUCGAAGCCAUCACGCACCUCCCCUUCCCCUCGAAAGACGGCAUCUGCACCACCUUCGCGACGGAAGUCGCCCUGCGCCGCUCGCCCCGCCGCUCCAUCAAAAUCAGCAUCAUCCCGGGGCCCUCUCGCAGCGACGCCGACAAAGACCGCCUCAAGCGCUUCACCGCCACCUUCACCAACCCGUCCGACUUCCCCGCCCUCAUCGAAGACGCCAAGAAGUGCAUGAACGGCACCUCGUCCCCGUCCCCCGACUCCCCAACAACGCCACCAGCCAACAAAUCCAUCAACGACGACGUCCUCCACCUCGACAUCUCGGGCCCCAGCUGGCCCCCGCUCACCAUCGUCGACCUCCCCGGCCUCAUCCACACCCAAGCGCGCGGCCAAACCGCCGCCGACGUCCGCACCGUCCGCCGCCUCACGCAGUCGUACGCCUCCAACCCGCGCUCCGUCAUCCUCGCCGUCGUCGCCGCCAACUACGACCACGCCAACCAGGCGGUGCUGGGGCUCGCGCGCGAGGCCGACCCCUCGGGCCGCCGCACGCUCGGCAUCGUCACCAAGCCGGACCGCGUCGUCGUCGGCGGCGAGGACGAGCGCGGCGUCGUGCGGCUGGUCAAGAACGCCGAGCACGAGCUGCGGCUGGGCUGGCACGUCGUCAAGAACCGCGACCACGCCAUGCGCGACGCGUCGUCCGACGAGCGCGACCGCGCCGAGCGCGACUUCUUCGCCAACGGCGUCUGGGCCAGCGUGGUCAAGGCGCACGUCGGCGUCGACGCGCUGCGCGCGCGGCUGGGCGCCAUCCUGCUGCGGCAGAUCAGGACGGAGCUGCCGGUGCUGCAGGAGGAGAUCAGGAAGGGGGUGCGGGAGUGCGAGGAGGGGCUGGCGCGGAUGGGCGAGCCGCGGGAGAGCGCAAGGGACCAGAGGGCGUAUCUGGUGGAGAUCAGCAAGACGUUUGAGCGGCUGACGCUGGAUGCGGUGCGCGGGACGUAUCGGAACGAGUUCUUCACGCUGCCGACGGAGGAGGAGGCGCAGCCGCGGCGGCUGCGGGCCGUCGUGCAGAACGCCAACGAGGAGUUUGCGUUCGUGAUGCAGAAGUACGGGCACAGCAGCACCAUCGUCAACAGCGCCACCGAGGCGGAGCCCAGCUACAAGCGCGUCUCGUCGUCGCACAACGGCGCGUCCGGGUGCUGGUCCCCGCUCGAGAACUCGGCCCCCGCGCCGAGGAUCACGCUGCGCUCCGACUUCAUCGAGGAGAUCAAGGAGAAGGAGCGCAGCCGUCGUGGCUGCGAGUUGCCCGGCAUGUACAACCCGCUCCUCGUGUGCGACAUCUUCCGCGAGCAGGCCAGGCCGUGGGAGGUGAUUGUGAAGGAGCACGCCGACAUCAUCUGGCACGCCGCGCUCGGCUUCCUGGAGACGCUGCUCGGGUCGCUGACCGAGGGGCACACGAACUACGCGCUCUUGGAAGACCACAUCCAGCCGAUCAUGGACGCGAAGAGGAAGGAGCUUUUCACGAAGAUCGAGGAGCUCUUGAGGCCGUAUAAGUCGGAGCAUCUGAUCACGUAUCAUCCCCUGUUUCGCGAGUCGAUGCAGCAGCUUAGGUCCAAGAAGCUGCAAAGCGACGUUUCGUCGCGUCUAGGGCGUUGGUAUGGCGCGGAUAUGUCGGCGGCGAUCCAGACGUCGCCGGAAAAGAUUGUAAAUGCGCUGAAUAUCACGUCGGGGGGGCAUGGGGACGUCGACGAAGGCGAGUCCGCUUCGGAGGAGCUGCUGUAUUGCAUGGAGGCUUUUUAUAAGGUUGCUCUCCACACUUUCAUCGACAAUGCGGCCACUCUCGCCGUGGAAAGCUGUCUUGUCUCUUCGCUUCCCGACAUCUUCUCGCCGGGAGUCGUGUCGGCCAUGGAUGACGAAACGCUGGCGAACUUGGCCUCUGAGUCGGAGGAGACAAGGAGGGAGCGUUCGACGCUUCAGGAGCGGUUGAGAAAUUUGAAAGAGGGGGCGAGGAUUGUGGGAAGGCAUGCCCGUCAGGCGCCGCCGCCACCACCACAAGAAGCACCUCGAAAGCCUGCAGCCAGAACGACGAGGCGCACACCUCACGCUCCAGCGACGCCACAACCUACUCCACAACCUACUCCAGCGCGAAAGUCCGCGCCCUUUCCGACCUGUGAGUCCGAGUCUUCGAGCAGCACGUCAUCGCCCGUUAUGCCAGCAUCCGUUCCCUCGGACGCGACAUUGGCAGUGCCAACGCCCCCCACAAGCUCUCCGGAAGGCCACCGGGAAGCUGAUCCGAAGCUCGGGCUCUCAGAAAACACGCGAAACCAGCCUCCCCCUCCUCCAAGGAGAAAAUGGUCGCCCGAAAACUUUUCCGGCCCAGGGGGACCUGAUUGGCACAGUAUCCUGGGCGAAAUAGAUGAUUACUGCAAUGGCGUCAGAGCCCCAGCGAUGACGUCGUCUGCCGGUGUGCCGCGGGUUUCUGUCGAGGACGAUGAGGAGUUGUGA